AUGUCGUCAAACCUAGAUCAAUUCACACGCACAUCCAUUGCGAAGGCAUUCCUGAAACGAAAAUAUUCUACCGAAGCAAACUAUUCCGGUCAUACAGCAUUCGCAAGCUACAAAACAUGGAAGAAACUUACUUUUCUGGUGGCUUUACCGGCCGUGGGCCUGUGCGUUCUAAAUGCAUAUUUGGCGUACCAAAAGGAACAUACACUCCGCAUCCGCCCAAAUUUCAUCCAGUACGAAUAUCUUCGCAUAAACACUAAACGUUAUCCUUGGGGCGAUGGUGUAAAGACACUUUUUCACAAUCCCGAAGUGAACGCACUACCGACUGGAUACGAAACAUAG